AUGCGUUCUGUCACCCGUCAUCUUUUAUCGAUGAUCAUUAAUGGUUGUCUUAUGCCAGAUGCACUCAUGUAUGACUGCGCCUGCGCAUUAAAACUUCAUUGGAAUAAAUGGUUAGGCAGCGAAAUGCUAAAGACAUCAACAAGAACACAACAGCUUCCAACUCAUCUUGCUCUCGAUAACUUUCAUCAAAAAACACAUUCAAGAUCAAUGUGCCAAACCAUUAUGAAAUCCGAUCAUCCAUCACAUGAAGGACGAUUUGUUGGAUUAAAUAGUCAAGCAGCUGAACAAGCAUUUCAAUAUAUAUCUCGUGCCAAAUUUGCAUUACGAAAUUUUUCAUUUCCACAUUCGACAAUAAUGUUAUUGAUUAUGUUGCAUCUUUUGAAUUGCAAAAUGACCGGCAUCAAUUCGGAAACAAUUGGUGUGGGAUUUCAAUAUUUUGGUGAUAUAAUCAAGGAUUUUUUCCCUACACCAUGCAUAUAUGAACGCUUUGGUGCAUUGAAUGGUGAAGAAUUAAAUAAUGAUGAAGAUGACGAUCAGUCAGAUCUAGAUCAUAAUGUUACAUCUGAAGAUAUAACAUAG